GGUGGCGUUCCUCUUUCCCCGCACACCUCUGCCGACGAUGAGGAAAGGUCUGCGGGCGACAGCGGCCCGCUGCGGACUGGGACUGGGAUAUGUGCUGCAGAUGCUUGUGUUACCUGCCCUGGCCCUGCUCAGCGCCAGCGGCACUGGCUCGGCCGCUCAAGAUGAUGACUUUUUUCAUGAACUCCCAGAAACCUUUCCAUCUGAUCCACCUGAGCCAUUGCCACACUUCCUCAUUGAGCCUGAAGAAGCUUACAUCGUGAAGAACAAGCCUGUGAACCUGUAUUGUAAAGCAAGCCCUGCAACCCAGAUCUACUUCAAGUGCAACAGCGAAUGGGUUCAUCAGAAGGACCACAUAGUAGAUGAGAGAGUAGAUGAAACUUCUGGUCUCAUUGUGAGAGAAGUGAGCAUUGAGAUUUCACGCCAGCAAGUGGAGGAACUGUUUGGGCCUGAAGAUUACUGGUGCCAGUGUGUGGCCUGGAGUUCAGCAGGCACCACGAAGAGUCGGAAGGCAUAUGUGCGCAUUGCCUAUCUACGGAAGACAUUUGAGCAGGAACCCUUGGGAAAGGAAGUGUCCCUGGAACAGGAAGUCUUACUCCAGUGUCGGCCACCUGAAGGGAUCCCAGUAGCUGAGGUGGAGUGGCUAAAGAAUGAAGACAUAAUUGAUCCUAUUGAAGAUCGAAAUUUUUAUAUUACUAUUGAUCACAACCUGAUCAUCAAGCAGGCCCGGCUCUCAGACACAGCAAAUUAUACCUGUGUUGCCAAAAACAUUGUUGCCAAGAGGAAAAGCACCACGGCCACUGUCAUCGUGUAUGUUAACGGUGGCUGGUCCACUUGGACAGAGUGGUCUGUGUGUAACAGCCGCUGUGGACGAGGAUAUCAGAAACGUACACGAACCUGCACCAAUCCAGCCCCACUCAAUGGUGGCGCCUUCUGUGAGGGACAGAGUGUGCAGAAAAUAGCAUGCACUACGUUGUGCCCAGUGGAUGGCAGGUGGACAUCCUGGAGCAAAUGGUCAACCUGUGGGACUGAAUGCACCCAUUGGCGCAGGAGGGAGUGUACAGCUCCAGCACCCAAGAAUGGGGGCAAAGACUGUGAUGGCCUGGUCCUGCAAUCCAAGAACUGCACUGAUGGACUAUGCAUGCAGGGAUUCAUUUACCCCAUUUCAACUGAACACAGAACCCAGAAUGAAUAUGGAUUUUCUUCUGCUCCUGACUCAGAUGAUGUUGCGCUCUAUGUUGGGAUUGUGAUCGCUGUCACUGUUUGCCUGGCGAUCACUGUUGUGGUGGCCCUGUUUGUCUACCGGAAGAACCACCGUGACUUUGAGUCUGACAUCAUUGAUUCCUCAGCACUCAAUGGCGGCUUUCAGCCUGUGAACAUCAAGGCUGCCAGACAAGAUCUCCUGGCAGUGCCCCCAGACCUCACCUCAGCUGCAGCCAUGUACAGGGGACCUGUCUAUGCUCUGCAUGAUGUCUCAGACAAAAUCCCAAUGACCAAUUCUCCAAUUCUGGACCCACUGCCCAACUUGAAAAUCAAAGUGUAUAACACCUCAGGUGCUGUCACUCCCCAGGAUGACCUCUCUGAGUUCACAUCCAAGCUGUCUCCCCAGAUGACCCAAUCCUUGCUAGAGAAUGAGGCUCUUAACCUGAAGAAUCAGAGUCUUGCGAGACAGACUGACCCAUCCUGCACAGCAUUUGGCACCUUCAACUCCCUUGGGGGUCACCUCAUCAUUCCUAACUCAGGAGUAAGCUUGCUGAUUCCCGCUGGGGCCAUUCCCCAAGGGAGAGUCUACGAAAUGUAUGUGACUGUACACAGGAAAGAAACUAUGAGGCCCCCCAUGGAAGAGUCUCAGACCUUACUGACCCCUGUGGUGAGCUGUGGGCCUUCUGGAGCUCUGCUGACCCGCCCCGUCAUUCUCACUCUGCAUCACUGCGCAGACCCCAACACUGAAGACUGGAAGAUCCAGCUCAAAAACCAGGCAGUGCAGGGACAGUGGGAGGACGUGGUGGUGGUGGGAGAGGAAAAUUUCACAACCCCCUGUUACAUUCAGCUGGAUGCAGAGGCUUGCCACAUCCUCACAGAGAACCUCAGUACCUACGCCCUGGUUGGGCAGUCCACCACCAAAGCAGCCGCCAAGCGCCUGAAACUGGCCAUCUUUGGGCCCCUCUGCUGUUCUUCCCUGGAGUACAGCAUUAGAGUCUACUGCCUGGAUGACACACAGGAUGCACUAAAGGAAGUUCUACAGCUUGAGAGGCAGAUGGGAGGACAACUCCUAGAAGAACCAAAGGCUCUUCAUUUUAAAGGCAGCAUCCACAACCUGCGUCUGUCCAUUCAUGACAUCGCCCAUUCCCUCUGGAAGAGCAAACUGCUGGCUAAGUAUCAAGAAAUUCCAUUUUACCACAUCUGGAGUGGCUCUCAGAGAAACCUCCACUGCACCUUCACCCUGGAAAGACUCAGCCUAAACACUGUGGAGCUGGUUUGCAAGCUCUGUGUGCGACAAGUAGAAGGAGAAGGCCAGAUCUUCCAGCUCAACUGCACUGUGUCAGAGGAACCUACUGGCAUCGACUUGCCUCUGCUGGAUCCUGCGAGCACCAUCACCACUGUCACAGGACCAAGUGCUUUCAGCAUCCCUCUCCCUAUCCGGCAGAAGCUAUGCAGCAGCCUGGAUGCCCCCCAGACAAGAGGCCAUGACUGGAGGAUGCUAGCCCAUAAACUCAACCUGGACAGGUACUUGAAUUACUUCGCCACCAAAUCGAGCCCAACUGGUGUGAUCCUGGAUCUUUGGGAAGCACAAAACUUCCCGGAUGGAAACCUGAGCAUGCUGGCAGCUGUUCUGGAAGAAAUGGGAAGACACGAAACAGUAGUGUCCUUAGCAGCAGAAGGGCAGUAUUGACCAUACUGGAACUGAAAUUGAGGGACAAAAUUACACAGGGAGUCUGUGUCCAGGGGAACCACAGCUGAGGAGAAAAUCCAGAUGGGACCAAGGCGCUUUUCAGGCAAGAUGGCAGCAGGAAAGGUGGGGGACAGAUAUAACCACCAAGGUACAUGCCCACUUCAUUCGGACAGCACCACCAUGGGAGUUAAGAAAAAUUGUGUAAAUUUGUACCUUGAAUUUAGAAAUCAAUCUAAUUUUCUCUUCGUUGGGCUGUAUGCUGUAUGGUACAGGAUCUUACAGUUUCCUAGGAAACGCUUUUUAUUGCUAUCCAGAUGUAUGGAUAAACUUUCUUAACAAACCCAAUUUCUACAAACGUUGUUUACAUCAAAUUGGACAGGGAUACAGACACUGUCCAUGGCUUGUUCUAUUUUUGUUCCAAUCAUUUGAAGUUGAAGCUGUGGACGGUUUGUUGAGUCUAUUUCAGAUUAGUAAUUUACAGAGAAAUCACAGACUUUUGCUACAAAUCAUGUACAUCAAGUGUCUCAGAUAAUCCUCCCAUCAGUGUUCUGUUUCUGAAACUUGUCGGACCAGUGUUGGCAUUUGUAUCAGGGAAGUGGAGACUCUAAAAGGAGGAAUUACCAAGAUUCCUUAUGCCAUGGGGGAACCCAAUUGGUAUCCUUUGGGAACAGAGCUGCAGCGUUGCAGGGAAGACAGUGAUCACGUACCUCCACACAAACA